CCAAAGCUACAAGAAUUGUCAGUUGUCAUUCUCGCGUCCUUUUCCCCAAGAGAUCGUGACGAAAAUAACUGUUUGUUGAAUUUCUCCAAUUAUUUGUGUAAUUUUGCCAUUAAUCGCGUUAAAAUGGCAACCCGAGUGUUUGUGGGUGGUCUUACUUACAAAAUUCGCGAACGUGACUUAGAAAAGUUCUUCAGAAAGUAUGGAAGAAUCAAGGAGGUUUCCAUGAAGAAUGGUUAUGCAUUUGUGGAAUUCGACGAUCACAGAGACGCCGACGACGCUUGCUAUGAGCUAAACGGUAAGGACUUAAUGGGGGAAAGAAUUACUGUAGAAAGAGCCCGUGGUACGCCCCGCGGAAGUGAUCAAUGGCGGGGAAGCGGUCGAGAUAGAGGUUAUUCAGGUUAUAGCGGUCCACGCGGUAGAAACGAUAAUUCUAGAGCUCGUGACAAAUAUGGGCCCCCGACGCGUACAGAAUACAGAGUUAUUGUUGAAAACUUGUCUAGCCGUUGUAGCUGGCAAGAUUUGAAGGAUUACAUGCGUAAAGCCGGUGAGGUAACCUUUGCUGAUGCUCAUAAACUAGUUCCAAACGAGGGAGUCGUCGAAUUUGUUUCAUACAGCGAUAUGAAAAAUGCUAUUGAAAAGCUUGAUGAUACUGAAAUUAACGGACGCAGAAUUAGAGUUUUCGAAGACAGAAGAGGUGGACGAAAAAACAACAGAUCUGUAAGUCGCAGCCGAUCACGAUCAAGGCGUCGUUCCAAGUCAAGAAGUGCCAGCCGUAAUAAGAGCCAUUCUAAGUCAAGAUCUAGAUCACAUUCCAAAGAUAAUAAGAGGAGGUCAAAUUCUAGAUCUGAAGACAGAAUUUAAAGAAGUCGUUCCAUUGAUUUUCACAAUGUAUGUUGUGUAAACAGUACCUUUAAGUUUAAUAACAUAAUCUAACUUGUAUCAUGGUUUAUCAUAAUAUGUUUGAUAUUGUGUGAACAUUCUUUUAUUUUCCUAAACUUUUGUUAUCUUUGUAGGUGUCUUUAUUAAACUGGAAUAAUUAACUUUGCCUUUAUUUAAAUGUACAGGGAAUAUAGUACCACGAUUAGAUCUCAUUUUCAAUUUGAUUUAUUUUAAUCAUAAUUAAAAUUGUUUAUUUUGGUAUUUUCAAAUACUAUUCAAAACUACAUUAUUUGGUAAAAGUUUAUCCCAAAUAGAAAAUCAUUUCAAAACAUUUUUGUAAUCAGUUUGCUUCUAAAUUCUAACAUUUAAUCUUUCAUUAAUAAAUUUACAGCAUGACCGAAUUCACUUUGUAUUUUAGACUUGAAUGUGCACUGGUGUUGAUGUUUGGUUUUUCCAAAUUUUCUGAAUUUUAUUUUGGUAAACGUCUCUCCCACGUAAAAUACCUGUACGGUACCAAAAUAAAAUUCAGACAAUGUGUAAAAACCAAACAUCAACCACAGUGCUCAUUGAAAUCUCAAAUACAAAGUGAAUUUCUUUGUGCUGUAUAUCAGCUCAUAAAGAGUUCUGCAUUUUCCGUGGAAUUGUUUUUAUGCACAUAGUCAUUUAUUUAUUUUUACUAUUGACUAGCUUUUACUGGAUAUUGUAUUUGAUCAUUAUUCUGAAAUUUCACUUUUUUCAUUUUUUGUUUUGCUAAAAUUUGCCAUAAUCCCUGAAUAUAUUUUUGUGAGAUAUUAACUACUUUCUAACAAACUAACUUCCAUGUUUAAAAUAAUAAAAAAAUUAUUUGUUCACACAUUCAACUUGUAGGUUUGAUACUUUAUUUUACUGUAAGAGUCUUAUUUGUAGAUUUUCCAUACAUUUUUUUUUUAAAUAUUAACUCUGAUUGUAAGAUUAUGCUUGAAAUAAAUUACCUAAGUAUAAAGACAAAAGAGUUUUCUCAAAAUUAUGUACACUCUUUUGAGUAGCUAAGUGGGUUUUGGUAUUGUAAUGUUUUCAAUGUAUUAUUUUUUAUUUUAAAGUAAAACUAUAAUCUCUAUAACUAUCUUUACAUAUAUUUACUACGUAGUUUUCUGUGAUUUCCCAUCUCACUGUUAUUUGGUAGACUGAGUGGUUUCGUGAAAUAGCUAUUAUUACCAUAAUAUUCCAAUAGUGUUCUUGAAAAUAAUACUCCAGUACUAUUUUCAGUUUGAAAUAAUUUAAUUGUAUAUUCUUUGCAUUUCAAAAUAUGUACAUCUUUCACAAUUCCAUAAUAAUAUAUUCCCCAUUCUUUUUCAUCAUGUUAGUUUUCGUCCUGUAAAUAUUCUCAAAUAACCUUUCAUUAAUUUCAUGUUUCUGACAAAAUGCAAGCCAAUCACACUUUGAAAUUUAAUUUUGUUUUUUAAUGAUUUUUAUUUUAAUUUAAAAUAAGGUAAAAAUAAUCUUCAAUUAAAACAUGUGGGAUAGGUUAUGGGCCCAGUACAUGUUUGGUCAACUAAUUGGACCAACAUGUACAGAACCACUUGGUGUAACUUCAGGAUUAGUGUCUAACGUUGGUCUACAAACUGAAUGUUGUCGAUUUUUCAUAUACAUAUCGAUGGUUGAAAGGUAAAAGGUUGUAACCCAUAAAUAUCAACUUAUUGAGGAAGUAGAAAAACUUUCCAAUUAAGUAAUUUGAUGAAAUUAUUAGGUUAAUUCCUAAUCAAAUUGAUCAAAAAAUUGAUUUGUGGGUUACAACCUUUUACCUUUCAACCGUUGAUAUCAAAGGACCACUACUAAAGGCCAAUGCAGACUGAGCAGCUCUACCAACAAGUAAACACUGAUCUUGGUUCAACUAGUUGGCCAAACGUGCACUGGGGCCUUUAAAUAUUUAGAUCAUGCAAACUAUUAAUUAAGUGAAGCACCAAUUUAUUUAUAUAAAUUUUAAUAAUAAAUAGUUUAGUAUAUAUCUUUAUAUCUA